CUUGCAGUUGAAUGACAGCUGCUUCUUUUUAUACCCAUUUGCCUUUUAAACCCCAGUAUUGCCGUGAGAACGAGCUGGCGGAGCCUAUCUACCCCAUACUACUGAUCGGCCUCGCGAAGCUACUCCGUACACUUGGCCGCAACUUCGACACUCCCGCUUCCUGUCCGCCACCACCAACGGCGCCUCUCAACAGCGAUACCCAUUCUUCCUAAUACCAUUUCCUGUUUUAAUAUUCCCCGGUUAGAGCGUCUAUCUAUAAUCCUCGCCAGCCAUGGCUAGCCCGACUGGCUUCUCGAUUAACGUCAACGACCCCAGCUUGAUUUCGCUGGUGAACAAACUCCAGGAUGUCUUUUCGACAGUCGGGGUUACCAAUCCCAUCGAUUUGCCCCAGAUCGCCGUCGUCGGAUCGCAGUCGAGCGGAAAGAGUUCGGUUUUAGAAAACAUUGUUGGUCGGGACUUUCUUCCUCGUGGUUCGGGAAUUGUUACGCGGAGACCCCUCGUGCUGCAGCUUAUCAACAAACCCGCAAGAAAUUCGGUGAACGGAUCGACAGACGAGAAGGUGGACAAUACGACGGACGAGGCGGCGAACGUGAACGAGUACGGAGAGUUCCUGCAUAUCCCCGGACAGAAGUUCUACGAUUUCAACAAGAUCCGUGAAGAGAUUGUUCGCGAAACCGAAUCGAAAGUCGGCAAGAAUGCAGGUAUUUCGCCUAUCCCGAUUAACCUCCGCAUCUACUCGCCCAACGUCCUUACCCUCACACUUGUCGAUCUGCCCGGUUUGACCAAGGUUCCCGUGGGUGACCAGCCCAAGGAUAUCGAGCGACAGAUCAGGGACAUGGUUAUGAGGUACAUUAGCAAGCCCAACGCCAUCAUUCUUGCAGUGACCUCCGCCAACCAGGAUCUGGCCAACUCGGACGGUCUGCAGCUGGCGCGUGAGGUGGACCCGGAGGGUCAACGUACGAUUGGUGUGUUGACAAAGGUCGACCUCAUGGACGAAGGAACCGACGUUGUGGAUAUCCUUGCGGGCAGGGUUAUUCCAUUGCGUUUGGGUUAUGUGCCGGUGGUCAACCGUGGCCAGCGCGAUAUUGAGAACAAGCGGCCAAUCGCGUCUGCUCUGGAGAAUGAGAAGAACUUCUUCGAAAACCACAAGGCAUAUCGUAAUAAGGCUUCAUAUUGCGGAACACCGUACUUGGCCAGAAAGCUGAACUUGAUUCUCAUGAUGCACAUUAAACAAACCUUGCCAGACAUCAAGGCCCGCAUUUCCUCCUCCCUUCAAAAGUACAGUUCUGAGCUUUCGCAGCUUGGUGAUUCGCUGUUGGGCAACAGUGCCAACAUUAUUCUGAACAUCAUCACCGAAUUUAGCAACGAAUACCGCACAGUCUUGGAAGGACGGAACCAAGAACUCUCUAGCGCAGAAUUGUCGGGCGGUGCGCGUAUUAGCUUCGUCUUCCACGAGCUUUACUCGAACGGUAUCAAGGCAGUUGAUCCUUUCGACGCUGUGAAGGACAUGGACAUUCGGAUGUUCCUUUACAACUCAUCUGGUCCCUCACCCUCGCUGUUCGUUGGUACCACCGCUUUCGAAUUGAUUGUCAAGCAACAGAUCAGAAGAAUGGAGGACCCCAGCUUGAAGUGUAUCUCUCUGGUCUACGACGAGCUUGUUCGUAUCCUGGGUCAACUCCUGAACAAGCAGCUGUUCCGCAGAUACCCCAUGUUGAAGGAGAAGUUCCACGCCGUCGUCAUUACUUUCUUCAAGAAGUGCAUGGAUCCAACGAACAAGCUGGUGCGGGAUCUGGUCAACAUGGAGUCAUGCUACAUCAACACUGGUCACCCUGACUUCCUCAAUGGCCACCGCGCCAUGGCCAUUGUCAAUGAACGUCAAGUUGCCGGAAAGCCUACCCAGGUUGACCCGAAGACCGGCAAGCCUCUCGCGAGCCGUGCGAACAGCCCGUCGUUGGAACCCCAGCCUGAAACCACCAACAACGCUGGAUUCUUUGGAAGUUUCUGGGCCUCCAAGAACAAGAAGAAGGCGGCUGCUAUGGAGCCUCCCCCGCCAACCCUCAAGGUGUCGGCCACCAUGUCGGACCGCGAAAGUGCUGAAGUGGAGGUUAUCAAACUCCUGAUCACUUCGUACUACAACAUCGUCAAGCGGACUAUGAUUGACAUGGUUCCCAAGGCCAUCAUGUACACUCUCGUUCAGUUCACCAAGGAUGAGAUGCAGCGUGAACUGCUCGAGAAUAUGUAUCGCAACCAGGAACUCGACGACUUGCUCAAGGAAAGCGAUUACACGAUCCGCCGACGGAAAGAGUGCCAGCAGAUGGUGGAGAGUCUGUCUCGCGCCAGCGAGAUUGUCAGCCAGGUGCAGUAAUCGCCUUCAAUACUCUGUCUCGAACUAUGGCCUGUUUCCUUUCCCUGAUCCUUUCGCUUUCUUUUGGGUUCUGUCUGGUUGUGUUGCCUCGGAGGUGUUGUGUUUUACGUUUGCACGUCGUUCCGAAGUCAAGUCUCGAUUCCAUACCAUAACGGUUCCUUUUGAUGUCAAGUUGUCUGAGCUGAGAUUCGAUAUCACGACUUUCUUUGUAUCAAUUAAUGAUUUGUUGAUGUUUGAUGUUCCGAGGUUCUCCUCCUUAGAGUAUUUUCAAAGACUAUUCUAUAUGGCGAAUGUACAGCAUUAGACGGUCUGAGCUGUGGAUAUUCAAAGAUGUAGCCAGUGGAGAGCUUUGCUUUGAAGACCUGCCUGAACUCUCAUUCACAACAUCCCACAUGGAAAAAACGUGCCUGAGAAGCCCUCAAAUAGCACCACUUUAGAUUAGU